CCGUGUAUAUAUAUAUAGACAUGUCAGCACUUUGCACUAACUCGAUGACACGACCACUUAAUCAGCAGAUAGGUAAAAUAUUCAAUACAAUAUCCCGCUGACACACUGAUCCGGGCCCGGGACCUUAAUUUUGUACUUUCGUAUGUACACCUGUGGACGAAAAAUGGACAACACACUAUAGACGGAGUACUUGACUGUCCAUACAUACAGAACUUGUCAAGCUUUCACCUAUACUGUGUAUAUAUGGAUAUUCUUAUCAAGUGGAACCCAACUCCAGGUGUCGGAUUUCAUUGUAAUAAGUGAAUUAAUAUAUAUUGGAAUUAAUCGACAUACACUGUGGAGAUGUGUCCAGCUGCCUGGUGAUGGUCAGUGGUCAGGUGAUGGUCAGUGGUCUGGUCCAGACGGCAGUGUUUUGUGUAUAAUGGAAUACAUUCUGUAGAAUACAUUCGAGUUUAAAGGAAGUGAUUGAUGUGUUAUGAAGAUUUUUGUGUCAUGAUGUAAUUACGAUGUAGUGAUGUAAUUACGAUGUAGUUACGGUCCUGCAGUCAUGUAUGUUUAUGUUGUUGGGAACUCCGACCAGAAUGUGGCCCUGAAGUGCGGGCCAUGUGUGUCCUCCACAGACACAUGUGUAUCUGGGGACAGAACAGACAUAUGUGUACCAGGGGACCUGAAGUGUGGGCCAUGUGUGUCUUCCACGGACACAUGUGUAUCUGGGGACAGAACAGACAUAUGUGUACAGGGGGAUCCGUGCGUGUCCUCUACAGACAUAUGUGUACAGGGGGAUCCAUGCGUGUCCUCCACAGACACAGUUUUGUCAGGAACACAGGAGUCUCGUAUGGAGGGGCAAAAAAAGGAGACAGGGGAUGUGUUUGUUGGUACGGAGGCUGGUGAUGAGGCAGAUAGUGCAAUAAAUUGUGAUGAAUCUGACAGGUCAUUUACUUCAGUAACUAGUCAAAGUUUUGGUAAGCGGACACCAGGAUGUACCCGCCGGACAAGCGAGUGCCUCAUUCUGGAGCCCUCGGAAAUGAUAGUGAUUGACUAUCCGGAUGUACAGGUUAUGAAAAGUGGUCAGCGACAGGCAUGUAACAGUGUGAAUAUUGACCGCUACAUUGAUGACCACUAUGAAGGCCGCAUGCGCAGGAUGCAUUCGGACGGUAGUGUAGAACCAUUUCCCCAAGACUGCAGCCUGCGGGCCGGGGAGCAGUUAUACUUACGAAAUGAACAGUUUAAGCGGUGUUCACGGGCCAGUGACACGUCAAGUGCUUACUCCGGUUCUGAUAUGAUGCAGUCAUCCAUUGAUGACCAGGAAAAUGUUGAUGCAGACCUUUCCGGACUCCAGGAAAGUAAUGUUGAUCUCGACUCUGAUGAAGAAGAAGGCUACCCAGAAUCAGAGCUGCUUCGAGAUGCGGUCCAGGAAUGUCUACAGAAGGACCCUGCGGAUCGGACCGAGGAUGACAUUGGAACUCUCCUGGAGUUCAUCCAACAUUUUAGAGCGUUUGCAAACAUGACACUUCCAAUCCGGCGUGCCCUCUGCUCCGUAAUGGUAUUUGCUGUUGUCGAGAAGCAGGGUCAGACAGUGAUGAACCAUGGAGAGGAACUGGACUCGUGGUCCGUCAUCCUCAAUGGUCAGGUGGAGAUAGUUUACCCAAAUGGUGCUAUUGAAUUCCUACACAUGGGAGACUGUUUUGGUAUCACGCCGACCAUGGAGAAGCUGUAUCAUCAGGGAGAGAUGAAGACGGUCUGUGAUGACUGCCAGUUUGUGUGUGUAGCUCAACAGGAGUAUUACAGAAUUCUACACCAGGGAGAGGAGAAUACACGGCGACAUGAAGAGGAGGGAAGCAUUGUGUUGGUGACGGAACAUCGAGUGUUUGAUGGCGGAAAUAGACGAGGCCAUAUUGUGAUCAGGGGGACAGCGGAGCGUCUGAUGCAGCACCUGGUAGAAGACCAUUCUGUGGUGGACCCCACAUAUGUUGAAGACUUCUUAUUAUGUUAUCGUAUGUUUCUCAAAGACCCGUCAGAACUCUCCACACGGCUAAGACAGUGGUUUGAUGAUCCAGUACUUCGACCAAAAGUUACUAGGGUUGUACUUCUUUGGGUCAACAAUCAUUUCAUUGACUUUGAAAUGGACGCUUGCAUGUGUGACUUCCUGGAGAAGUUUGAAAAGCUCCUGGAAAGGGAGACCAUGAUAGGCCAAUCACGGCUACUCAACAUAGCAUGUGCGGCAAAGGCCCGCCCUCGUACGGUGACACUAACUCGAGCCACCCGGGAGGAAGUGCUUCAUUUCUCAGUCUUAGGGGGCCAAGAAAGGGGAUUUGGCAUCUUCAUUUCUAAAGUGGAGAGGGCAUCUAAAGCUUAUGAGGCUGGCCUCAAAAGGGGUGACCAGAUUUUAGAAGUGAAUGGAAGUAACUUCCAAUGUGUGUCCCACAACAAGGCCUUAGAGACCCUGAGAGGGACAACUCACCUGUCCAUCACAGUCAAGUAUAAUUUACUAGAGUUUAAAGAAAUGUUGCUGGCAGCAGAUCGAUCUAGUAAAUCUGAAAAACAAGAUGCGAGUGGUCAGUUGAGUAAACGAUUGUCUGCGCCAAAUCUAGAAGACUUCGCUUCGCCACUGAUUAAAACUAAAGGGAAUAAGAAACAGGAGAAGAAAGACCGGUCGUGGUUUAACACUCUUGGUCGCAAAAAUAUUAUCAAGAAAUUCCUUCCUCGUAAUUCCAGUGUGUCUAGUAUGGAGGGAGAAUGUAUGAACAAAUCCGACGAGAGUCUGUACUCAGGCCCACUCCGACAGACAUCGACCACGUCGGCCUCGUCUCUAUCCCCAGGAAUGAGCGGCCACUUAAGUGCUAGUAAUCCAGACUUAUCAUCGCUAACGGUGGACGAUGUGAAGCAGGACAUCCCUGACCAUGUAGUCAAAGUCUAUAGAGCUGACCAGUCAUUUAAAUUUCUUCCGAUUCAUAAGGAAACAACUGCCAGGGAAGUCGUGAUGCUAGCGUUACAAGAGUUUGGUAUAACUGACCCCAGUAGUAAUUACUCAUUAUGUGAAGUAACAGUGGAAAAUGAGAGUCUGGUCAAACAGAAACGACUGCCAGAUCAUCUUGGAAAUUUACCGGAAAGACAGAAUCUCAAUGGGAGGCGUACUGUUCCCUGUGUACUCAGGUAUUAUCUCAAAAACAACAUGAACACGGAGACGCUAGUCCCUGAUGAACUGCGGGCCGACCUUAUAAAGGAGGCGCACAUCAGCCUCCUGCAGCUCAACACAACAGAGGUCGCGUCACAGAUCACACUCGAAGACUUCAAAGUGUUCAAGGAUAUCGAAUCGUCUGAGUAUGUCGACAACCUUCUUGCACUCAAGUCCAAGUAUGGCUGUCCAAACCUGAAGAAAUUUGAAGAUCUGGUCAAUAAGGAAAUGUUCUGGGUUGUUACGGAGGUGUGCAGCGAGUCCAACAUUGUCAGACGUGUCAAGCUCAUCAAACAUUUUAUCAAAAUAGCACGACAUUGUAAGGACUGUAAAAACUUCAACACCAUGUUUGCUGUUGUGAGUGGUUUAAAUCAUUCGUGUGUGGACAGACUCCGCAACACCUGGGAAAAAGUACCUAACAAAUAUACGAAAAUGUACAAUGAUCUGAAAGACUUGAUGGAUCCCUCCAGGAACAUGUCUAAAUAUAGGAAUUUAAUUAGUAGUGAUAACUGUCAGCCUCCCAUGUUGCCAUUUUUCCCUGUUGUGAAAAAGGACCUUACAUUCAUUCACCUGGCUAAUGACUCGUAUGUGGACGCACUCGUCAACUUUGAGAAAGUCAGAAUGAUAGCCAAGGAAGUUCGUCAUAUAUGUAACAUGGCAUCAGCUAAAUAUAAUGUGAGUACCAUGUUCCUGGGGACUGGCACCAUGUAUGAGAACUCUUGGAUCUCGGGAAUGGCCACCAUGAAACGUGUGAAGAACCGUCGUGGGUCAGCGGUUCCCAAUGCCAAGAAAAUGUACGAGGAGGCUCAGAUGGUGCGUCGGGUCAAGUCGUAUCUUAGCAACAUGAAGGUCAUUCCGGACGAGGAGAAACUGAAAGAGAUGUCUCAUCAAUGUGAAGCCCCACCACUUAAAAAGACCGACCCAUCAUCAAGCGCAAUAACCGCAUCCAUGGCAAACCUGAUGGAGCCCCCGAAGAAUGUUUCUAGUGGACCGAAGUUCGGUGCGGAGUCUCCAGAAGCCAUAAGAAAACUUAUGGGUCUGACGGACAAAGUACGACCCCAUAACUCCAAACACUCUUUACCUUCUGCUCCAAACCUAACCAGCCCCAUGUCGGGGCGUCGACAGCCAACAUCGCCAAGGCAUGCUCGCCCACUUCCGGCAUUGCAUUUAUCUCCUGAAAGCUCAUCUGUAGUCAGUUUAAGCAAUAUAGCAUUGCGCAAGCCAAGUCGGAAUGGGUCGAUGGGUUCUGGCGAGUCAGCGAGCCCCACAGGCAGCACACACAGCUCACAUCAGCAUUACGAGUCUGAUUCUAGUCGUCAUAGCAUGUCGUCUAACUACGACACCCAGAGUACUAACUCAGCAAGCUCAAACAAUUCUCCACCCCAGCCGAGGAAGUUCUCCCACCCCUCACAUCCCCCACAGACAGGGCCCCUGUCUGCCCCUCACCACCAUCCUACGCCUCCAAUCCCUCAGCCUGCGGGGGUCAGACCCCCUCUGCCGACGUACGAUGUUGUCAUGCAAAACUCUCCAGCAUAUAGCCAAUAUAUUCACCAAACGUACACAAAUGUAAGGCGUCCUCCUCUCCCUGAUUACCGCUCCGCUACGCAAAUGGCGCAGUAUGCCCGCCAGAAGCACAUGUGGCAGUUGGAUCGAACGCGCUCGCAUGAUGGUGUUGUGGGCUACCAACAGAACGGCGAGGUAUCGUCGGGUGAUAGACAUUUCGGCUCAUCAAUGGAUGCUUUUAGACAAUCAGCAUGGCCAGAUGAUCAACCAGACUCAUAAAUUAUAAAGAUGCAGAAGAAGAGCAAGUGUCUGCAGUGUGAUGGUCAAGUACAUUCUUGCCUUGGUCAGCAAAGGGAUAGUAGUGUCCAAAGGCUGAUUGGUCAGCAAAGGGAUAGCAGUGUCCUAAGGCUGAGUGGUCAGCAAAGGGAAAGCAGCGUCCUUAGGCUGAGUGGUCAGCUAAAGGGAUAGUAGUGUCCUAAGGCUGAUUGGUCAGCAAAGGGAUAGCAGUGUCCUAAGGCUGAGUGGUCAGCUAAGAGACAGCAGUGUCCUAAGGCUGGUCAGCAUGGAUUUAGUGCAAUAAGAGAUACAAGUUUUGUCUGUGAUAAUGCUAACAAGGGAGGAGGGCAGACGUCACUCGUGGGGGUAUUCAAGCAUGUGGAUUCCAGUGGAUUCCAGUGGAUCUUCGACAGAGAAUGUGCCAUAUGGACGUGUAGUUGGCCUUAUGAUUGUCAUGAAGCACAUUGAAGUGUAUUCAGGAAAAUGUCCGGAGAAUCCUCUUAUGCCAGGAGUUGUCCCUCCCCGAUUUCUACAGCAUGCUACGUUGACUUCCUUCUGCUGGUGUGGAUUUAAAAAUGUGCGGAACAACGUGAUCUUGUGGAAUAGUCAUCCACAUGAUCUUGACUCGGGUCGUGGCCAUUGCAGUAUAAAAUCUCUCCUAUAGUUCUAGUCUGCUUGUGGAAUCAUGAGAGGGAUGAGGGUGCAGAAUUCCUGUCAUGUGGACGGUGGAUUUUACUGCAAAUUCAUCGUCAUUUAUCAUCGUCUGGGCAGUCUGGAGAUAGUUUUGGAGCGAAUCUCAUUUAAUCAUCAUGUGCAUUAUUAUAAACAUGACCCCUGAAUUGAUUCUAAUUUAGACAUCAGGAUUUGUCCAAUGACCAAGCAUCACAUUUGGGUGUUGACUGUGAUAUCAAAUCUCCAAUUUUGAUAAUUUGAACCCAGAGUGCAUUUUUUCCUGGAGAGAGAUGACAAUGGUUCUGCAAGUACAUGUGGUACACUUCAAACUUUCUAUGGUUGAGAAACUCUGAUUUGAAGGUAUUGCAUAGACAUUUUCUAGUACUUGUAUGAUGUUGAAUCGAUUAUGCAGGGGAUACCACAGAACAAUUAAACCUCCACCGUGUGACGACUUGACACUGCGACGAACAAUCAGGAGAAAAACUGCUUACCUAUAUAUAUAUAUAUAUAUGCAGUGUGUGUAACAUGCUGUGGACAAGGCCAGUGAAAUAUCGUGUAGGCUGGUGACUCGUGUGGCCAAACUCUCCUUAGUCACCCUCGACGCAGUGCCGAGAUAUCAAAGUCUGUAUAUGGGACUGGAUAUCUAAUACACAUAGUGCUACAUUUGAGAGGAGGCAACUAUUCUCUUAUUUACUCAGUAAGUCUAGAAGAUCUAUGCAUUGGUGCCAUUUUGAUUUUAUUGUUGAUUUUUUUUGUUGAGAAUUAAUUCGGAGAGCUUCCAUAUGUUUUAUAUCAUGUCUGUAAUGCCCAGGUCUCUGUUGUAUCAAUCAUACUUAGCUUACUAACGUCAAAAUUCUUUCGUAAAUUUGAAUUCAAAAUAUGUUCUUGGAUUCAAAAUGACAAAAUUAAUCUAAAAAUAGAUUUGAUGAAUCAUUUUGUGAUUGGGUUGAAGUAAAUUAAAGAUUAUCGCAGGUUAUCCCUGAUGCAGCAGAGCUCUGUGUAACUUAACUGUUGUCUCUCCUGUACCACAAAGAAGCUGGUAAAAUUAUCUCCCCUUGGCAGUUAGUGGACCAAUCUGAAACCUCGAAUUUGACUCCCGCUAUAUUAACUUGGAGGUGAUCGAUGAAGAUUUUUUUUUUUUUUUUUUUGUAAUAAGGGAUAUUUUCUUCAAAACAAAGUUCUUUUUUUGAAGUCAGUGUCAAUACUGACAGGAAAUUACUUCCCUCCUAUAGAAUUCUUAAUGCUUAAAAUUUUUUCUUUUUAAAUUCUUCAUUAAAAUUUAUAACAUACACCAAUUAUGUUUUUUCCUCUGCACUAUUUGGGAGUAAAUUGUUUUUGGUGAUCAGAAUUUUUUACUUAUUCAUACACCUGUAUCACCCAAGGUUAUGUGUGAAGCACAUCCAAGGAAUUCAUAGACUGCUAAAAUUACCUCCCCUUGGCAGUGAUUAGGCUAUAAAAUUAUAUCCCCUUGGUAGUGGGUAGACUGGUAAAAUGAUCUCCCCAUAGAAGUAAUUUGGCUGUAAAAUUAUCUCCCCUUUUGGCAGUGAUUUGGCUGUAAAAUUAUCUCUCCUUUGGAUUUGGCUGUAAAAUUAUCUCCCCUUUUGGCAGUCAUUUGACUGUAAAAUUAUCUCCCCUUUUGGCAGUCAUUUGACUGUAAAAUUAUCUCCCCUUGGCAGUAAUUUAGUUGUAAAAUUACCUUCCUUUUGGCAAAAUUUUGAGGUCAGUAACUUAUUAUCAGUACAAAUCUUAUUUGUUCAAACUGUCCAGUAUAAGGUGCAACUGUAGUGCAUAUAUACAAACUCAUUUUUCUGGACUAAAAAUAGCUAUGUCUGGCUGACCGGUGGUAAUUACGACAAAUUGUCCACUGCCGAUGUCUGGCUGACCAGCAGUAAUUAAGACAAAUUGUCCACUGCCAAUGUCUGGCCCACAACUGGCAAGACUCUCGGCUACAGAUGAAUAUUUCCAUAGUAAUACUGUCUAGGGAGGGGGUUAUAAAGGUCACAGGUUCAUACUGAUGGUACAGUAUAUAAUCUGAAAGCAAACUUUCUGCUCAGAACCAUUCUCCCUCUUACUUCUCUGCUAAUUUUGCAGCUAUCAUGUAGGGCUUAGAGAACAUUGUUAAGAUUCUAGUGUCCAUAUUGGACCAUGUUAUCAAUUAUGAUAAGUUAAAAUGAUCAUAUUGGUUUCAGAUUUAUAAUACAAACAACAGAUAUAGCAGCUGGUGCAAGACUGGUUAACAGUGAAAAUCUGGUAGUGAAAAUUUCUAAGAAUUAUUUGGAAAUAAUAUUAUCUGUAUAUUAGGUACAGGAAAUAUACCUACGAAGAAUAUUUAGGUGUUACUGAUGUAGGAGAUACAGGAGGUUUGACCUGUAUAGUUUUUGUUCAGUAUUCUUGCCCAAAUUUGAAUUGUUAUAAAUAUUGAUUGUUGCAAAGCUGAGAAAAUGCAAAUUGGAGUAUCUGCAGAUUAUAAUUCCAUAAACAGUGAUGUUCUGUGAAAUAUGAAGCAUGCUUAGCAGUUCUAUUCACUGAACUGUAAACACAUGUUACGGUUUCAUGAACAGGAUGAUUCGCAAUUAACAAAACGUUUUUGUCAGUCUUUCUCAUGCAUACUGCAGAGAUAAUUUGAUUUUAAAUCCAAAAAAACUUCAAUAUCUGCCACGAGACUCCCCUGAGGUUUAAUACUUAUAGACUGUUACUGAUUGUAAAUUACGGAAAUGUUUGGGAUCUAGAAUGAACAGCAUGCCCCUUGAAACAUCUUCACUAUCCAAGGGUGUUUGGUCCUCUCCUUUAAUUAUGUGAAGAUGAAGGUAUUGAACCAUAAACCCUUGGUAAGCGGAGAUGCCCUUGAACAUGCAACACUUAUGUUUUUUAAAAGAUAGAAAUAAAAAUCUGUUUUGCUGUUCAACAAAAUCCUCUCAGCAGUAGGCAAUACUGGCUUCAGUUUGAUCCUGGCCUUAAUGUUCGUGAAUGAAAUAUAGAAAUGUAAUCUGCUCUAAAAUGAUAGUGCAAAGUUGUGCUCUCCUGUUCCGGUACCCAGCAUUUGAUAAUGUGAUGUACAACACUUGUGUAAUUUGAAUGUAUUAAUUGUCCUUUUUUAUGUAUGUACAUUUCAUAAAUUAAUUAACGAUAUGAUUUUUGAUGUUGUUGAGGGGCUUGGCAAUAUAUUGAAGGAGUCGUAUGAUGACAUUUUGUAUUGUUACGUGGAUUCACAUGAAUGUCAUGUUGAUUCACACAGAUCUGAAAUUAUAUGCAGAAAACAUGUGCAUUAAGUCUGAUAAAGUUAUAUACUACAUUGAGAAGUUUUACACAUAUUUGAGGUUUGCCUAUAAGUUUGUGCUAGAGAAUUAGAAGCAUAUGUGUGUCUUAUCAAUGCAUGAUGUGGGUAUAUUAUAAUAUGCAAGUUGUGUGUGGAAAAAAUGUUGUGAGUUGAGAAUCUGGGUGUAAGGGUGAAAUACAUGUAUAUGUGGGCGUGAGGGUACGAGGGUACAAGGGUGUAAGGGUACAAGGGUGCAAGUAGUCAGUGGUGGAAUGAAAGUGGAUCAACUUCAAUAAUUAAGCCAUGUGUUGCAUUUGUACAGCAUUACACUAUCACCUAUCAUAUAUCAAGUCCAGGUCAGUUAUAAAGUAACUGUGUAACAUGAUGGAUCUGAUUUGACAGGUAAACUUGUCGUUUUCAAUAUCAAAGUAUAUAUCACCUUGUAAUUAAUAAUUUAUUAAGUGCAGAAGUUCUAGGAUUUCAAAUUCAUUGCCAGGACAUUUAUAAUUACUUGAAUGAGAGAAGAGUUGAAAAAAUCGACUCGGGAGUACUUUGUUGUAGUAGUUCAAUACUAUUAUUGCAGCCCGAUUAGAUACUGGAUAUUCGAUGACAAGCCUGUGUUAACUAGUUAUUCAGGAGCUUAUAAGUUAUUCAGUCGUGUACCAAGACUAUAUGCUAUCUUGCAAAAUCAACAAAUGUACAUUUUUCACCCUUAAAUACGAUUGGCUUGACGAACAAUCUCAGUUAGGUUAUGGUGUCUUUUAGAAAGCAUUAAAAUGAGACCGAAAUUACAAUUUUUGAACAAUAUUUUACAAAAAAAAUUUUGUGCAGUGAUCAUUGUGAGGUAGCAUAUAUACUUAACACAAGACAGUUUUACGGAGAAUCUGGUUGGAAUUACAUUUACUGUCAGCAGUUUGUAUACAUUAUAAUCAUGAUUAUCAUCAUAUCAUAUUUAUUCAAGUUCUUCUUCUAUGUCCCCACUUUCAUAAGCUAAGAUCCCUGUGAAACAAGAAAAAAUUUACAACAUUAUUUAAAUUUUUACUUAAAAAAUAUUAUUGCAUUAUUAUAUUUUUGGUGUAAUUGAACAAAGCUUUGCAUUUGGAAUUAAUAGAAAUUGGCUUAUUUAACAUUGUGAUCUAGAUUUGAUUCUCAUCUUCCUGUAAGUAUAAGAAGAAGAUUAUCAUAAAAAUAAAUUUGGAAAUAAUAGAAGUUGGCUUAGCUGUGAUCUAGAUUUGAUUCUCAUCUUUCUGUAAGUAUAAAAAGAUCUGUCAUAAAAAUAAAUUCAUGUGUAUGUAUUUAAAAAUGCAUUUACAGUCAUUAUUGACAUGACUGGUUACAUAGAUCUAGUACGGAGAAAGGAUAGCCUUCCUCAUACACUUCCCCUCAUACAAUACAAUGUCCAUUGUCAUAUAUUAAAUAUGUUGAAAAGAAUAAUAAUAAAAUAUGUACAGUUUAUAGUAAUGAU